CCCCAGAGGCGAACUUCUGAAUGGGGGUCACAGGGUGUGCAGGACUGACCAGACAGCUGAGGACGGUGUCUGACAGAGCUGCCGCAACACCUCCCGUCCCGCAGGGCUCCUCUCAGCCCCUCAGCUCCCGUCUCGCUCCCGGCGCUGAGGGAACGGCAGAACUCGGCUCCCGCUCCUUCCCCUCAGGCUGCCCGUGUCACACCCGGACCCUUACGGGACACCCACGGGGGACAACCGAAGUUCCCCGCCACCCCAAACUCUCUCCCGGUUCCGCUUUUCCCCUCAGGACCGUCCCGCCCCCAGCCCCGCCUCGCCUCGGCCCUUCCCGCCCGCCGUAGGCACCCGCGGGAUCGCCGUGCGGGGCUCUCGCUAAGAUGGCGGCCAAGGUGGCAAAGCUGGCAGCUGUUUCUGCUGGGCUGCCAUUUGCAUGUUUAACUGUACAUGCAGCCACAGAAAGGGAAUCAAAAGGUCAGUUGUUGAAGCCAAAUCAGCUUCCAAUUUACUGCUCACCACCUCUGAAAUCCAAAUAUGUUGAAGAACAGCCUGGUCACUUGCAGAAGCAAUUUUCUGCAGUAAGACAGACAACUGGCCACUAUUUUGGAUGGUGUAGGGAUGCUUAUGUCUUUGUUAAAAAUGGAAUAAAGGAUUCAAUUCAAUUUGGGAAAGAUGCUUAUGUUUACCUGAAGAAUCCACCACCAGAAUUUCUUCCCAAAGUUGGUGUAAUUACAGUGGCAGGCUUAGCUGGCAUGGUGCUGGCAAGAAAAGAUUCAAGAUUUAAGAAAAUUGUUUAUCCACUGGGGCUUACUACUUUAGGAAUUUCUGUUUGUUACCCAGCUCAAGCAGUGGUAAUUGCCAAGGUAACAGGGAAGAAGUUGUUUUCUGCAAGCCAUCAAACCUACGAGGCUGUGCGAUCACUGUGGGCAAACCAGGGAGAGGUCUCCAAGCAGCAGCAGGAGUCAAAGUCAGUUACGCAAGAAGAGAAGAAGAAAAAAGAAGUUUCUAGCACAAAACCUGAGUCUGCUGUUGAGUCAAGACCAUUUAACAGAACAGAAUCUUCUCCAGUAGAGUCUUGGAGUAAUAAAGAUCCAGUGCCUUCAUCAGGAACAGUGAAGAAACCAAAAUUUAAGCCUGAUCCAAAACUCAUGGACCACGGUCAGUCCAGCCCAGAAGAUGUGGACAUGUACAGUACUAGAAGCUAAGACAAAUCUGCUACCAAAUCUCCAAAGUAUUACAGAUAAGGGGGGGAAGAAGGGAAGGAACAAUCCUUACAAUAUAUAUAUGCAGUGAGGUAUAAUUUAAUCAGGUAUUUUCUUCUAUCUCCAUUUGUAUUGUUGCCUUACAUGAUUCUGUUGUGUGAAGCUUUUGUUUCUCCACUACCUGUAGGCAGUGAGGAUUCAAUCAUUGUCAGUGUCAUUAAUGAGACACUGAGAAAAUGAGAGUUGUCAGUGUCUUCUCACAGUGAGACUUCUCUGUGCCAAGCUCACUAAUAAAUGUCACUUCACAAAGGAGAUUUGAAAAUGUAAACCUCUGUACUUGGGUUCAGAUGUUCAUUGAUCUGAAGGAGUAAUGUGAUGGGUUUGCAGAGGCUUCUGGGUCUUUUUUCUCUGAGCUCUGGAAAGAAGGGCAACUUCUUAUUUGGGUCAGAGUACCCUUAAAAAUUGGUUGUUACAUCAUGAAAAUAGUAGUAUCUUUAAUGCUUGUAUAAACAAGUCACUUUUUUUUAACUGCAAAAUCACUUGUCAUUUGCCUCUCUCACAGAGGUGAGUGUAGACAGCUGCUUGUCCUGCUUGCCUCUUGUGUACUGAAAUAUCACUGAGGUUAGAAAAACACAUGCAGCUAAUCUCUAGAACAUCUUUUGUUGACUAUGCAUUAGUUUGCAACUACUGAUACUUUAAAGAACUUCAGAUUGCUUAAUGCAGGAAACUGAAACUGUUUGAAUUUAUAAAGAAUGCAUUAGGAAUGUUUAGGAAGUUGGAAACCUGUAGUUUUGAGGUUUAAAGUGCUGACAGAUACUGAAAAUGCAGAAGUAAUAGCCAGCCAAGUUUUUCUUCCUAGAAGUUUGCAAUGCACAUGGAUCUCAGCAGGAUUUCUGUGAAAUCCUGUCUUUUUCCAUAAGAAUGAAGUUAGAAAUUGAUAAGGUUUCCUGAGAUGAAACUUUUUUAACACUACUUUUAUCAUUGUGUGUAUCACUCAGCUUUUCUGUUCACCCUCCUUUUCUCUGCAACACUCAUGUAAGGGCUGGAAUAGAUCUGGUGGUUUUCUUGGAACAAAGUGCAACUCUUCAUUAGUACACAAUGAUAACCAGCCCAGUGCCUGGAGAUAAUCUCAUCUGUAUCUUCUGUGACACUUCUCUAAUACAUAAACUGCAAAAGGAUGCUGUGCUGGUGGUUUGUCCUUUGAUCUGUUGAAUUCUGUUAUCUUUAAAUGACUGAAAAGAUGUGCCUGGCUGGAAAGUUGAGGAGGGAAGCAAGAACAAACUGUACAGAUAGUUUGCUUGGAAGACUUCAACCUGAAAAGAAAUGCCACUUCCUCUGGAUGUAUUCUCAGCACUGAGAUACAAAGGAAUAUUUGCUCCUGUUCUCUGUAAGAAGAGAUUUCAGAAACUGAUUUCUUCUCCUAAGGCUGUUAAUGACGAGGAGGAGUUGUGAGGAGAUAGAGCACAGUGGAAUGGGCACAAGGCAGAAAGGAUGAAUGAGCAAAAGAGUUAAGUAAGACUUUUAUGCUGGUUCAGAAACAGAGAAGUAUUGAUAUUUUGGAACCAGAGUUUCAGGCAAAGUAUUGGACUGGGAGUCCAAUGGAAGGUGAAGUAAAUGUGGAGUUUAAAGAAGAAUUCUAUUAGUCAGACUUGCAUGGGACAGCUGAGCUGAUGUGAUGGGUUUUGUUUCUUUAAUCAUUUCUUAAGGCCCAGGAAACUGUCAGAAUUCAGGCAGCAGUCAGAUUAUAUUAUUAUCUUCACAGGGCUCCUAGACAAAGCACAUUUAGUGUUCCACCACUGAGAGGAGCAGAAAAAUUAGAUGGCUGGGCUUCUUAUCCCUUUUCCAGGGAAACAGAUGAAGGCAUAAGGCAGGAAGUGGAAAUGGUGGAGAAAUGAUCAUUCUCAAGUGCAAGAGUGGAUGGCAGAAAUUGUACAGUCUCUCUCCCUUUGAUCAGAUUCUGGAUAAAAUACACAAAGGAAGAUCCAUCUGCUCUACUCCUAGAUUCUGUUUCAAUUCUAACUUAAGACCUUUGAGUGACAGACUACCAUGGCAAGUCACCAAGAAAGGUAAGGUGAUGCAGGCUUGCAUGGAUUGUGUAGGGAUUUACUGUGGUGACAUUUUUCAGCACAGAGUGGAAAACCCUGUACAGAAAUUACUCUUCUGGGAGCAGGGAGAGAAGCUGCCUUGGAGAGCUGCCAAGGAAGCAGCAAUGUCUGCCCUUUCCAGACAAGAGUAGGCCCUCAAGAUUGGCCUCUGCCUCUGGUGCCAACACAGAGACUGCUCCUGUCCAAACUUCACAAGCAUUAACACUCCAGGCUCAUUUUCCAAAUGGAAGUGUCUGCCCUGCAAACAUCCACUGGACUCCUUGGUGGUCAGGCAGCCAAAACCUGGAUGUUGUCAUUGUCUGAGGAGUUUCAUUGUCAAAUCUAAAAAGUUUCCUGUCCUCUUCAGAUCAGACAUCUGAACCUCUGUUUUAUAUAAUGCUCUAUACAUGUUCUAGAAAACUACAAGGAACUGUACCCACAUCUCUGUAUUUAUGAUUUACACUAAAGGUGCUAUGCAAUGGCUUUUAAAAAGCAGACUCAAUUUGUCAUUGUGCCAUGCAGUGAGACCUCAUUUAAAAUACUUGUGCCUGACUUUAUCUCUGUAAGAUUUCAGACCCAGUAUGCAAACAUAUUGUUAAAAACUGGAAAGUCACCAUAAGUACACAGGAAAAGUAGCAUUGCAAGACAUGGUUUUGUUAAUGUAUAGUGAAAGACUUUGAAAUGCCUCUCAAAUGUAUCAUUAAGAGCCACUUACAGGUUUCUCUCAUCAUGCAAUAAUAUGGUAAGAUAAAAAAAGUAAGAAUGUAUAACUGUAAUUUUUGUAUGAUGUAAGUUAAAUACUUGUGAAAAAUCCAAUGUCUUAAAGAACUGGGUCACAAUAUUAUAUUUUAUAAGAUAUAAAUAGUUUUUAUUUAGUGCAUGUGUUUUUUAUUUAUGAUGGGUUGCACUCAACAUACAGAUAUUAUGAACUUGAUACUAUUUUUUUGUUUACAUAAAACUGUGAUACUUUAUUUUGUCAUAUUGUUUUGAAGCACCUGAAAAUAAAGGGUGACAAGAUCCUUUUUAAAUAUUAAGUUUAACUUUGGUAUGUUGUCUCAUCUGUAGGGCAGAUUGUCAAUUCCUUUCCUUUGAAGCAGACUUUAAAAGUUAGUUUCACCAGGAAACUGUUUCCUGUUUUACCAGGACUGUCUGUUUCACCAGGACUGGGGGAAAAUACUUCACCCCUGGAGCACUGAAUCACAUGUCUGGAAGAAAUCAUCAAAGUAAUGCUCAGGAUUCACUUGUUUAUGCAUCUUAAAUUUUGAGAGGUGCUUCUGUUUUCUUCUUUUGGUAAUUUCUAAGGAAUACUGUAGCUCAGAGCUUGGGGAAAAGGCUUUUAUCACACCAGAGAAGUGGCUCAUUGUUAAAAGAACAAGGCAACAAAUAGCAAAUACAUUUAUUUACCUAUAAUAAUAAUCUUCCAGGUAAAGUAAUAUGCUAACCCAAGGGUCAUAAAUAAUGUAAUACCUGAUGUAACCUACAGUAUAACUAUUU